CUUUCAUUAUUUGGGUAUCAGAAUUGGCAAAUCAGUCUUGUAUUAUCAUUCCUUCAUUGAAAAUAAAAAAAGAGAAAGUAAGGAUUCUGCUUUUUAUGAUUGGGUUUGGGUUAACAGGAACAAUUCAUGUGCCAUGUCUGUUGCCCCUUCCUCCUUUCCACCCUUCAUAUUCCACGGAAGAAAUAAUAAACCUCCUUCCUGAUGAUGAAACAAAGCAAAGCCUUGACACAAAGCUACUUCAUCCAGAAGAUCUUAUCAAGCUGUGCCUUGAAGGUGAAAAAAGUGCAGAGCUGUCACUGCGAGCUUUUGAUGUAUUUGCAUGGACCAGCUCCUCCUUCCGUAAGACCCAUGCAAACCUUUUAGAGGAUUGCUGGAGAAAUGCUGCUGAUCAAGAUGAUUGGAGCAAACUCUAUCAGGCAUCGGUAUCUGAAGGGUGGGGUGAUGAGGAAACCUUGCAGAACUUGAAAGACACAGUGCUUUUCCAGGCAUCAAAUAGAUGUUAUGGACCAGAAGCUGAAACUUUUGGAGAAGGGUUCGACGAAGUGUUGUCACUGAGACAAGAAAUCACGGAGCCUCCAAUCAUGAAGGAUUCGGUUUCUUCUGUGGAAGCAGUACUCAUGCAGCAUACAGAUUAUUCAGAGGCCGGGAAGCUGAUGCUGACCUCAAUCAUGUUGGGUAGUUUACAGGACGAUAACAUAGAACAAGAAGGUCCUGUGCCAAUGGAAUGACAGUCAGAUUAGUAUGAUUCAUGGUGAUGAGUUCCUGGAUGUGUCAUUGUGUUUUUUUUGUUGAUACACUGAGAUUCGUAGUGUACUAGUCGACAAGUUCCAGCUAAAUUUUCUCUUUUUCUUUUUCUUUUCCCUUGUGAAAUUCUCCAACCAACUUUAUACGAACAUUUGUCAGUCUACUCUGAUCUCUGAUGCUUUA